CACGCUGGCGAGUUGGCGACGGUGCCACAAUGGCCGGAGCGAGUGGUGUUCGUGGUCACCCCUUUUUCUCCUCACUUCGCGCCUAAUCAUCCUUUCCCCUCCACCCAAUCAACCCAAUAAAAGAAAAAUGAGAUGCAUACAUGCGUGCAGCGUGCUUGCUUGCUUGCUUUGCAUGCUCCAUUGCUUCUUGAUGGGAAAUAGAAAGAGGGGUAGAUCGAUUUGACCCUAAUUUGAUUAUUGAUCGGUAUAGUCUUUCCCAAGCCCAAGCAAAGAGCGCCAAGCUCAACAUCGAUCGAUAUAUAAUUUGCGGCCAAAAGGAGGCGCCAUUCUCGCCUUAUCCGACGAUCCGACGCCGGAACCGGAGUCGCUGAUUUUUCGGGGAUUCAUCAUCGUGUUCAAAGAUCAGGCAUAGUGCAUGAUCUAGCUGGAAGGGGACCUAUAGGGGAAGAUGCCGCUGUUUGAUCGAGAUCGGUACCAGAGGCUGCCGCUAGAUAUCAGCGGUGGCGGUGGCGGUGGGGGCGGCGCACGGCGUCCAGCUUCGUCCUGCGCGAGCGCCACCAUCAUCCUGUUCGUGGGGCUCUGCCUCGUGGGCGCGUGGAUGAUGGCGUCCACGACCACGAGCAACGUCGCCAUGAGCGUGUCGUCCGAGAACAGCUCCGACGAGGACAUGCCCGCCGACAUGACCCGCAGCGUAGUCAAUGAAGGCGCUAACGGCGACGCGCCGCAGACAACAAAGAAUGCUGGCAAGGAGGAGGAGGACGGUCCCGGAGAUACCACUCGGACGGGCGACUUCGCCGCCGGGGACACCGGCAAGAAAGACGACGACAGUGGCGCAGGGCAAACGACGGAGGAUGCCGCCGGCACCGACGACGGUGAACGCCGGCAAGGAGGAGGCAGCGGUGAAGGCGACACGCCGCAAACGACAGAGAAUGCCAGCAAGGAGGAGGACGACGGUCCCGGCGAUACGGCGCGGACGGGCGACGCCGCAGCCGGGGACAUCAACAAGAAAGAUGACGACGGUGGCGCCGUGCAAACGACGGAGGCUGCCGUCGACCAGAGCGGCACCGUGGUUGUCGAGCUGACGGAUGCCGCUUCCAAUGGCACCCCCGUCGCCGGGGCUGGCGAAUCGCCGUCCACGAACGUGACAUUCUCCGACGAGAGCGGCAUGACGGAAGGCGGCGACGUGGCGAGGCCAGAUGAUACUGACAAGAAAGCCAACAGUGGCACGGAGGAGGCCACGACCGGUGUCCAGACAGAUAAGAGCGCGGAGGAUGCGGCGACAGGCACGGAUCAGAAGGGCGGCGACAAGAACACGGUGGAGGCGCCACGAGACACGACGAACACCGGUGACCAGGUUGAUAAGAGCUCCGACAAGGCGUCCCCGGACACUGCGGAGACCGGCGGCCAGGACGAGAAGAACAACGAGGCGGCGCCGACGGAGAAAAAGGAGGAGGCCGGCGGUCAGCCUGACAACAUCACCGACAAGAGCAGCGCUGAAGAGACGCCGGCCUACGCAAAAGAUGCCGGCGACGACGGCACGGCGAAGAACCAGACGGCCUUCGACGACCGUAACGGCAACCUGGACGGUGACCAGAACGGCGACAAGGUCGUCACCAGCGACGACACGGCUGCAUCGAACAACCAAACUUCUUCCGUGGACCAGAACGAUGCGCCCAAGAACCAGACAUCUGCAGCGCUAGAUGACACGAUAUCUCAAGAAGCCGGGAUGGUUCCGACGAACAGUACCACGACCACCACCGAAGGCGAAGAGAAGCCGGUGACCGAGCCGGUGACGGGCGGGGACAAAGAAACGGUGGAGCUGCUACCGAGCGGACAAGCAGAGCUUCUGAACGAGACGACGACAACGGCGGCGCAGAACGGCACGUUCCCGUCACAGGCCACGGAGUCGAGCGAGGAGAAGAAGAAGGCGCGCUCGCGCAGUAGCAGCAGCAAGGACAGCAACGGCAACGUCGUGGUCGGCGAGACGUCGACGGAGGAGUCGUCGUACGUGUGGAAGCUCUGCAACGCGAGCACCGGCGCGGACUACAUCCCGUGCCUGGACAACGAGGCGGCCAUCAAGCGGCUGCGGAGCACCAAGCACUACGAGCACCGCGAGCGGCACUGCCCGUCCCCGGAGCCGUCGUGCCUGGUGCCGCUGCCGGAGGGGUACCGCCGGCCGAUCCCGUGGCCGCGCAGCCGCGACACGAUCUGGUACAACAACGUGCCGUACACGAAGCUGGCUUCGUACAAGGGGCACCAGAACUGGGUGAGGGUCUCCGGCGACGGCGAGCACCUGUCAUUCCCGGGCGGGGGCACGCAGUUCCUCAACGGGGCGUCGCACUACAUCGACGUGAUCCAGGAGGCGCUCCCGGCGGUGGCGUGGGGCACGCGCAGCCGCGUGGUGCUGGACGUGGGCUGCGGCGUGGCGAGCUUCGGCGGGUACCUCUUCGACAAGGACGCGCUGACCAUGUCGUUCGCGCCCAAGGACGAGCACGAGGCGCAGGUGCAGUUCGCGCUGGAGCGCGGCAUCCCGGCCAUCUCCGCCGUCAUGGGCACCAAGCGGCUCCCGUACCCCGGCGGCGCCUUCGACGUCGUGCACUGCGCGCGGUGCCGCGUGCCGUGGCACAUCGAGGGGGGCAAGCUUCUGCUGGAGGCGAACCGGCUGCUCCGCCCCGGCGGCCUCUUCGUGUGGUCGGCGACGCCGGUGUACCGGAAGGACGAGGAGAACGUCGGGAUCUGGCAGGCCAUGGCCGCGCUCACCAAGUCCAUGUGCUGGGAGAUGGUGACGAGGACCAGCGACACGGUGGAUCAGACCGCCUUGGUCAUCUUCAAGAAGCCGUCCAGCAACGAGUGCUACGGCAAGAGGAGCCACCCGGAGCCGCCGCUGUGCGAGGAGUCCGACAACCCCGACGCCGCAUGGAACAUAACGCUGCAGUCGUGCAUGCACAAAGUGCCCACCGAGUCGGCGGCGCGAGGCUCGCGGUGGCCGGAGCAGUGGCCGGAGAGGCUGACGACGGCACCCUACUGGCUGAGCGACAGCCAGGUCGGCGUCUACGGCAAGCCCGCGCCAGACGACUUCGCCGCGGACACGGAGCACUGGAGGAAGGCCGUGAACAGCUCGUACCUCACCGGCAUGGGCAUCGACUGGAGCAACGUCAGGAACGUCAUGGACAUGCGGUCCGUCUACGGCGGAUUCGCGGCGGCGCUGCGGGACAUGAAGGUGUGGGUGAUGAACAUCGUGCCGGUGGACUCGCCGGACACGCUGCCCAUCAUCUACGAGCGCGGACUGUUCGGGGUGUACCACGACUGGUGCGAGUCCUUCAGCACGUACCCGAGGUCGUACGAUCUCGUCCACGCCGACCAUCUCUUCUCCAAGCUCAAGGACAGGUGCAAGCUGAGGCUAGUGGUCGCCGAAGUAGACCGGAUACUGAGGCCAGAGGGGAAGAUGAUCGUCCGAGAAGACAGGGAGACUGCCGAAGAGAUCGAGAGGAUAGCAAAGUCUCUGCAUUGGGAGGUCCGGAUGGACGUGUCCAAGGAGGGGGAGAGGCUGCUCUGCUUCGAAAAGACCAUGUGGCGACCCACCCAGGUCGAAACACAGAGUUAGCACAAGCUAGUUAGCAAACACAUGUGCAAUAAUAAGAACAAAUAACUGAAUAUAGAUGAUGGUUUGUAGCAGAGCUGUGGUUCAGAGUUUUGUAGUUGUACAAGUAAACAGUUCACAAUAUAUGUACCAUAUGCCUGUG